AUACACCUUGAAGCGUGUAGCCAGUAAGUUAUCCGCCAGAUUUCGAUUGAAUGUGGCUCCGUGUUCUAUACUCACCAAUCCGAAGUGCAGCACGUGCCGCUAUGAAGCUUCUAAAAGGCGGAGCAUCUGCCAUUGACGCUGUGGAGGAAGCCAUUAGGGUCCUUGAAAACAAGGAGAUCACGAAUGCUGGGUAUGGGAGUAACCUAGCCAUCGACGGAACGGUUGAGUGCGAUGCAACCAUUGUUGACUAUCUCGGACGAAGUGGGGGUUGUGGUGCUGUCCCGAGUCUGUCUCUUCAUCCAGCGUUGUGACGCUUCGAAGACUAAUAUUUACUUUUCCCAGACAUCAAGAAUCCCAUUAGCCUCGCCAAGCUGAUUCUGGAACGGAGCAGUCAGCCUCUGUCUCUUCGACGGGUCCCUCCCAACCUCCUUAUUGGUGACGGUGCGAAGGAGUUUGCCUGGAAGAAUGGCAUGGCACUCAUUCCCAAUGACUGGCUCAUUUCCCGCAAUGCUAGAGACCGCUAUGUCAGAUGGCAGGAAGAUCUGAAACGGGCCGACAUGCAAUCGCGAGACGUCACUCCAUCCACUCCGACCAAGACUCCAAAUCCGGAGUACGACGAAGAAACGCAUCAAAAGGCCCAGCGAGACCAUACGACUGCUAUCCUGACAGGUACUUGGAAUGAAGGUCAGCCAGACUCGCCAGUACAUCCCGCCACGCCCUCAGACAAUGGACCACCCUUGGCACCCCAUGUUCCCAGCCCACUGAAGGCCCAAACUCCCCAGUCAAAUGGUUCGACUAGUUCACGGCUACAAGACCGGAGUCCUCUGAGCUUCCUGGGCUCCAAGUAUACAUCUAAGACGGACAAUUCUGAAUCUCCAAAGACAGGAUCUCCUGAUAGGAAACGGCCGCGUUUCCUGGAGCGUCACAGCACCAGUUCGCCACGAAAUUCUGAUGUCGGGAAUCCAGAUGCGAUGGAUACCGGUGAUGGGACUGGAUCACUACCAAACGACCGAUCCACGAUCCCUUGUCUUUCCGACACUGUCCUGAAGAAUUUAGGCACUCUAGUUGAUCCAGCCACGGCGAAGGAAGUUGAAGACCUGUGUACAUCCAACCUCUCACCCGCCAGCCGCAAAGACUCGAUCUUCGACGGCGAGUAUGACGAAGAUAUGAUCACCGAUACAGUAGGUGCGAUUGCUAUUGAUCAGGAUGGUCAUAUGGCUGCAGGCUCAUCAUCGGGAGGAAUCGGCAUGAAGCACCGUGGACGCGUCGGCCCUGCGGCUUUGGUUGGCAUCGGCACAGCUAUCAUCCCAGCUGACGACAGUGACCGCGAUAGUGUCACUGUUGGUGCGGUCACCAGCGGCACGGGUGAACACAUGGCCACCACGGUGGCAGCCCAGAAGUGUGCCGAGCGCUUGUACCAUGGUAGCGUCCGAGGCGAAGGCGGCUUCGACGUGAGGGAGGAUGACGAGAGUGCCAUCAUGGAGAGCUUCAUUAUGCAUGACUUCCAGCUUCACCCCGGUGUUCUGAACUCAUCUUCAGCCGGUGCAAUCGGCGUCAUGGCUGUCAAGCAGGCUCCCGGGGGCUUCUAUCUGUAUUUCGCCCACAAUACCGAUAGCUUUGCGCUCGCGAGCAUGGGUAGCUCUGACCGAGACCCACACUGUGUCAUGAGUCGUAUUGAUGAGAAGAGCAGAGAUCGUAUUGCUCAGGGUGCAAGGAAGAUUAGAGUGGAUUGAGAUGCACAGGCCAAAUGCCUUUAUAGUCUCCAUCUUACUUCGCCCCUGGACCAUUUCUCGUACUUUACGUUCCCGCAAUCCCUAAGGUCGGCUUUGAUGACUUCGAUGGAGGAGAUACCCUAAUAGACUGCGCCACCAACCCUGUCGUUAGAUCAGAUAGAGAUACCAUGAUAUUCCUUUGCAUUAAACUGUGACAGUAGUG